CUUCAAUAUGGGAAGGAUUGCUAAAGAAGUGGCCGGCCAGACCCUGUGCUUCAUCGGUUUUGUGGGCAUCUGCAUCUGCUGUGGCAUUCCCAUGUGGCGGGUCACCACCUACAUCGGCGCCAACAUCGUGACAGGCCAGAUCGUGUGGGACGGCCUGUGGAUGAACUGCGUGAUGCAGAGCACGGGACAGAUGCAGUGCAAAAUACAGGACUCCAUCAUGAACCUGACCCAGGAUCUGCAGGUGGCGCGCGCACUGGUCAUCAUCUCCAUACUGAUCGGAUUCAUGGGCAUGCUGCUGACGUUUAUUGGUGGACAGUGCAGUAGCUGCCUGAAGAACGAGUCCUCCAUGGCUAAAGUGCUCAUUCUGGGAGGCAUCCUGUGCAUUGUUGCUGGAGUCCUGCUUCUGAUUCCUGUGUGCUGGUCUGCGGCGUACACCAUCUCCGAUUAUGUUAGUGUGACCACCAUUCAGACGCAAAAGAGAGAGCUUGGAGCGUCUAUAUAUGUCGGCUGGGGUGCUUCAGCGUUCCUGUUAUUCGGAGGGAUUAUUCUGUGCACUUCUUGCCCACCCAGAGAAAAUAUCUACCCACAGUACCCAGGCAUGUACCCGUACCAGGGACCGGUGUAUGGGCAUCAGUACGCUCCGAGUACAGUUUACAAACCGUAUCAUCCUCCUGUUGCUUAUACACCUGCUCCAAGGCAAUAUCUUUAACACAAAGGACGGACGUCGUCUAAAGACUACUCCUGAAGAUGGAAAGAAUUGUGUUGAGCUGAAUCAAAACAAUUCUUGAGUUUUUGGGGAGACAAUUUAAAUGUUUUAAGCUCAAUCAACCUCAAUUUGUAAAGACAUUUAAGUUGACUUGAUCGAUUUGUGUUGGGACAGCAUGGAGGGAUUGUGUGGAACUCAACACUUAUAGCGUGUAUCUGUAUUUUAAAGUGAUAAUUCACCCAAAAAUGAAGAUUCUGUCAUCAUUUACUCACUAUUUUUGUUUUUAUUUCUUGUUAAGCACAGAAAGGAAGGAAACUGGAAACCUGUAACCAUUGACUUCCAUUGUAUUUGUUGUACUCAAUGGUUUCAGUCAGUCAGCAUUCUUCAAAAUAUCUUCCUUUGUGUUCAACAGAAACUGGUAAAGGUUUGGAAACACUUGAGGGAGAAUAAAUAAGGCGGUAAAUGUAGAUUUUUGUGUGAACUGUCCCUUUAAUUCAGUGUUUAUCUGAAUUGAAUGUAUUUAAAAGCAAUUUUAUUGAGGUCUUGUACUUCCCCAAGCUUUAAACGAAGAUGAUCUGGAAAAGCUAAAACUUGUUGGUCUUGUUUUUGAGAUUUUCGCAGUGCUAAUGAAUGAUGUUUGUUUCAACAUGGUCAUAUUUGAAGGUACUAUAAAGUAUAUUUCUUGACUGACUCUCUGAAUAAAUACUCUAAUGCCAUUAAUCUGAUCAAAAUCAAGAUCACAAAGACUUUUUACUUCCAAAAACUCUUUACUCCAACAUAUUUCUCAAGGAGGAACAAUAUAAAGACAAUAUCUGUUGCAUAUUCAUCUGCUCCGUCAAUAUCUUUAACUCAAAGGACGGACAUCUUCUAAAACUGCUCCUGAAGAUGGAAAGAAUUGUGUUGAGCUGAAUCAAAACAAUUCUUGAGUUUUUGAGGAGACAAUUUAAUUGUUUUAAGCUCAAUCAACCUCAAUUUGUAAAGACAUUUAAGUUGACUUGAUCGAUUUGUGUUGGGACAGCAUGAAGGGAUUGUGCGGAACUCAACAUUUACAGCGUAUAUCUGUAUUUUAAAGUGAUAAUUCACCCAAAAA